GUGACGUCAUAUUCCUUCGACUCGCUCCGUGUCUUCCCCGCUGAGGCGCGCUCGGCUCUUCUCCGCUGGGUUUGGACUUGUUGGUGGUUUUCUUGCGGUCCCGGUGGUUCUGGAGGAUUCCUGAGACCAGGAUGGGUCCAGUGGAGCUCCUCCACAUGUCGGUGUUCUCCCAGAGUUUCUCUCCCUGCGGCCGCUUCCUGGCAGCUGGAAACAACUACGGAGAGAUCGCCCUGUUCAGCCUAACAGCAGCUUUGAGCCCCGACGCCACCGCUGCCCACUACAAACCAGUUCUGACCUUCACAGCUCACGAAGGUCCGGUCUUCAGUCUUCUGUCCUCGGACGGCGUCCUGCUGAGCGCAGGUAACGGGGAAAUCAGCGCCUGGAGUUGGACCGAGCUCAUCAAGAAGAAUGUGAAACCUCUGUGGACGAAGAGACCCAGCUACAGGUCCAGUCUGGAGAUCCCGGAAAUUAACUCCAUGGCCCUCAGCCCCAGGGACAACAGUCUGGUGGUCGGAGCCGGAGACAACAACGUGCACAUCCUGGACCUGGAACACGGAACUUUUAAGGCGAUCCUUCAGGGUCACACGGACUACGUGCACUGUGUGUGCGUGAGGGAGCGGGAGGCGGAGCUUCUGUCAGGUGGCGAGGACGGAGCCGUGAGGAUGUGGGACAGCCGGACGGGUCGGUGCGUUCACUGCCUGGAGAUCUACAAGUACGAGGACUGCGCUCGGCCUCAGUUCGGGAAGUGGAUCGGCUGUCUGACCACGGACUCUGAUUGGAUGCUCUGUGGAGGAGGUCCGUCUCUGUCUCUGUGGCACCUCCGCUCCCUGUCGCCCACCUCCAUCUUCCGUCUGAGGGGCUGCCAGCGUCAGGCCGCCUUCCAUCAGGACAUGAUCCUGGCAGCGGGGGAGGGUCCGUUUGUGUCCCACUGUCUGCUGGGUGGAGAUGUCAAAGCUCAGAUCCCGUGCACACCUCAGAGCCUCAACACGCUGCAGUUCAACACCAACAGCUCAGAGCACCGGGUGCUGACGGUGGGAGGCAGCAGCAGCCGCAUUGACGUCUUCACCAACACGUCCUACAGGGCGUUCUCUCUCAGCUUCUAAUGUUUCUACUAAAACCCAAUAAAAACCUUUUUUAUCUAA